AGACUGCACUUGAGGACAAAGCGGCGUGCUCGUGUGAAGUACAUUAUUGAUAAUAAUAUAAUUAAAUAUAAAAGUGUUGUGUGUGUAAAAGGGAGAUUUGUGUCUCACGGGUUAUUUAUUGUCCUGCCGGUUGUUUUGUGUUGUUGUGGAACUUCACUGUAUGUUCUCACACUAGAGAUGAUCUUGAGAAGUGUUCACCAUCUUUGUGAUCGUUUUGGCCUCAGUACAGGCUGAUCAGACCUCUGUGUGGUGGUUCUUCAGUGAUCCUCUGAUGAUCAGUCAGAUUGCUGCACUACUUCCUGUUUUCCUGUGGCUUCGCUCACUCCACUAUGAGGUUGCCUGUGGUUGUUGGCUCCAUCUUUAUUUUCGUCCUAGUGGACAGUAUGGUCUCCACCAUCCUCUACGUCAAGUGGUCUGGUCCAAAAUCGUUCUCGGAUGACAUCCUGGACUUUGACGUCCAUCGCUCGGUCCUGGAUCUGUGGGUGGUGUUCCUGGUGCGUUCCUGCCUCCUUUUCGGCGCCUCUGUAGGCGUCCUGAUGAACCAGCAAGACGGCCCGAAACGUGUUGCGUUCUUGGACGUUCUGGUGGCGCUCAUCGGUCUCACCAUGCUCUCUUAUGCCCUCGCCAAGCUCCUGAUAUUCUCCGAGAUGGGCGCGCUGAUGCAUAACCCUUGGUUCCUCAGCUUGUUCUCAUGGACCUGUGUCUCUGCAAUGGGGUCUGUGUUCUUCUGGAAGCUCCUGAGCAGUGUACAUGUUGCCAGCUCAAUUAAUGUAGGAGAGACGGAGAGGCUGGUGGACGAAGGAGAGGAGGUGGAGGAAGAACAAGAAGAGCGGGCCGAGAUGAAAGGGAACGAGGCGAAGCAGAAGCCGAAUUCUGGGGCCACUCUGGGACGUCUGUUAUCGUACUGUAAGGAGGACGCAGGGCUUCUGUCCCUUGCCUUCUUCUUCCUUCUCCUCUCGGCCGUGUGUGAAGCCUUUAUCCCGUAUUUCACUGGGAAAGCCAUUGAUGGUAUAGUGAUCCAUAAGAGUAUGGACUAUUUCAUCAAACCGAUGGUUACACUCACUGUUUUAGCCUUCGUCAGUUCGUUGGCCAUUGGGUUUCGUGGUGGUGUGUUCUCACUGACAUUCGCCAGGCUUAACAUUCGACUGCGGAACCUCCUUUUCCGCUCAUUGAUGCAUCAAGAGAUUGGCUUCUUCGAUGCCAAUCAUACAGGUGACAUCACGUCCCGGCUGACCUCGGACACCACGCAGGUGAGUGACCUCAUCUCGCAGAACGUCAACCUGUUCCUGCGCAGCUUCGUCAAGGCAGUCGGCUUCUUCAUCUUCAUGUUCGGCAUGUCAUGGAAGCUGUCGCUCGUCACCAUCAUGGGCUUCCCGUACAUCGCCUUACUCUCCAAGCUCUAUGGCGAGUAUUACAAGAAACUAACCAAAGAGGUGCAGACGUCACUGGCUCAGGCCAACAGAGUGGCGGAGGAGACGAUCUCAGCCAUGCGGACGGUGCGCAGCUUCGCCAGCGAGGAUCACGAGGCCGAGUCUUAUUACAGCAAGCUGUUGGAGGUGUUUGCACUCAACAAGAAGCAAGCUGUAGCCUACGCCUGCUUUAUGUGGUCCAGCUGUAUCUCGGAGCUGGCGUUGCAGGUGGCAAUCCUGUUUUACGGAGGACACUUGGUGGUGACGAACCAGAUGAGUGGGGGAACUCUCAUUUCUUUCAUUAUCUAUGAGCUUGAGCUUGGGGAAUGCCUAGAGAGCAUUGCAUCCGUCUAUACAGGUCUGAUGCAGGGCGUGGGAGCUGCAGAGAAGGUCUUUGAGUACAUUGACAGGAAGCCUAAACACACUUUGGAUGGCCAAGAAGCUCCAGAUAUGUUGCAAGGCCUGGUAGAGUUCAAGAAUGUGACAUUUGCUUAUCCGACACGACCAGAGACCAAUGUCCUUAAGAACGUGUCAUUCCGUAUCCAGCCAGGAGAGGUGACGGCUCUGGUGGGUCCUUCGGGCAGCGGUAAAAGUUCUUGUGUUUCUCUGCUGGAGAACUUUUACACACCUCAGAACGGCCAAGUGCUGCUGGACGGACGGACGAUCGAGACAUACCAGCAUGGCUACCUUCAUUCCAAGGUAGCACUGGUUGGACAAGAGCCAGUCCUUUUCGCUCGUUCUGUACAGAAGAACAUCGCCUAUGGUCUUCCUGAUGCUCCUGUGGAAGUUGUAGUCACAGCUGCUAAAAAGGCCAAUGCUCACGACUUCAUCUGCAGCCUCUCUAAGGGCUACGACACGGGUGUUGGGGAGAAGGGCACUCAGCUCUCAGGAGGGCAGAAGCAGAGAGUGGCUAUUGCUCGCGCCUUAAUCCGAAACCCGAGCGUGCUCAUUCUGGACGAGGCCACCAGCGCGCUGGAUGCUGAGAGCGAACACAUGGUCCAGCAGGCUCUGAAUGCCGUGAUGCAGAACUACACAGUCCUGGUGAUUGCCCAUCGCUUGAGCACGGUGCAACAUGCCAACACAAUCGUGGUACUGGACAAUGGCAUUGUAGCGGAGCAGGGCAACCACGAAGAGCUGAUGGACCUCCAUGGCCUCUACUACAGACUCAUCCAGAGGCAGAUGCUGGGGUCUGAUGGCGCCACUGAGGCUCCGUGUCCAGUUUUAGAGCUGCCUCAACACCAGGAAGAGGACGAGAGCAGUGGGGACGAAAAUGUUCCAAGAUAUUGAUCUGUUUAAGAACUGGAUUUGAUAUGCGUAGACAUAAAACAUCCCUCGAUUCUUUAAAACACUAUUAGUUUGGUCCAGUUGGAAGGUAGCUGAGGUAGAUAACCUUUUUGGGCAGCAUUUGAGCAAUCCCGAGAACAGGACCGUCCCAGUCUGAAGGCACCUACUCUCUGAAGUGAACUGGCCGAAGGUUUUGAUAAACCUGGCCAAACAGGAAGUCACUCUGAAGGAGCAUUGUGUAUGUAUUUAUUUGUUACAAAUAAAGUAAUUUCUGUAAGCACUUAUAGCAACAGGGUUUGGAUGCAGAGUUGAGUGAGCUAGUGGAAAAAUAGUAAAGUAAAGUAAUUCUUCCUUGUAAUAUUUAUGUGAAUAUAUAUGCUUCCUUCUUGAAGCAGCCAGUUCUUCUUCUUUGAUCAAUUCCCAAUGGAGUCCAAAGAACCAGAUCUUAUCUGCACCUAGUUCUUCCAUUUCGACUGCGCAUUGUAAACCUUCAGAAUACAGGGAUUGUUUUUUUUAUUUUAUUUUAUAUAACACUAAAAGCAGCAGGUAUGUCAUGCAGUUUCACCAUAACUGUACUGUAUCCACUGUAUGCUGUACAUAUCAAUAGGUAUGUUAGUAAUAACAUAUUGGACCUUGGUACCGGUGGUUGGAAUCAAUCUGAACAUCCGCACAAUAAACCUGAGUGAUGUCUUACUUCACGUGUGAAAAUGAUUUCCUACUUAAAAAUGUAGGUAAAUAAAUA